CUACAAGACUAAAGCUGUGUCUUUGUAAUCACAAGGAUCGAAAGAGCUGGAAGGGAAUGAGUUUCUUACAAAGUGAAAGAGGAAAUGAUGGACAAUCGAAGCUACUCUAAUCUGCCAGAAAAACUGCCUGUCUUCUCUGAUUCUGCCCACUUGCCACUGACCAGGUCCUUUUACCUGGACCCCAUGGUCACUUUCCACCUAUACCCUGAUGCCCCAGUACCAUCACCUUUCUCUGAAGACCUGCCAUUGCUGCCUUUUCCCAGUGAUUCCCUGAUCAUGGAAAAUUAUGGCGAACCCCGCUCCUUCUCCUUCCCCAUGCCUUAUCCAAAUUACAGAAGGUGCGAAUAUGCCUAUGGGCCGGCCUUCAUCCGGAAAAGGAAUGAGCGGGAAAGGCAGCGGGUAAAGUGUGUCAAUGAAGGCUACGCUCAGCUCCGACAUCAUCUGCCAGAAGAGUACUUGGAGAAACGACUCAGCAAAGUGGAAACCCUCAGAGCUGCUAUCAAGUACAUUAAUUACCUGCAGUCUCUUCUGUACCCAGAUAAGGCUGAGACCAAGAAUAACCCUGAGACAGUUUCCUCCAUAAUGGCAACCACCAGCUGCCACAGUGACCCCAUUUUUAGAAUCAUUUGAUUCUAAAUCGAAACAAUUAAUUUCACAAAAUGGAGUCUCUUACAGCAUCAUUUGAUAGUUUUUCCUAAAUGUAAUUUCUGCACAGGCAAAUAACAGUUCAAAUGUUAACCUAUGCUGGCUAUUUCUUACCGGGGUUUCAGAUGUACGGUGCAUUACCUUCUGUGGAUUGAGAAGAUGCCUCUUAAGCUUUGGUGAUUUCUUUCAAGAAUUUUAGAGGAGCAGAAGUCCCAGGAUUCUCUAUAUGUCUCUGCUCGGCCUUCUCACACACUUGGCCAGAGUCUCAGCUGUGAGACCCUCUCACAAAAGUAUUGUAAAGUAUGGCUAAUGACUGCUCAAUGCUUGUAAUGCACUUUGCAGAUACUUGAUGUGAAAUGACCACAAUGAAUGCCUCCUGAUUUGUCGAA